CCUCGGAGGUGGGGGUCGGGAAGACACCUCGCCCGCCGCCUGCCUCCCACGGUCUUAACCUGAACGUGGCCUGAGGCCCUGGGGCCUCAGCAUUUCCUGAACCCACCCUGGGUCAGGCCCAUACUGGUCCUGGAGGAGAGCUGGGUCAGAGCGAGGAAGACAACAGGCCUCGGUCAAGGCCACCCUAGAGGGGAAAGGGUGCAGACAAAAGAAGGAGAGAACUCUCUGGAAGGAUGAGGUCCUCCCUGCUGCCUCUGGGGCCCCCUGUGAGCCGGGACCGCAUCAUCGCCAGCUUCCCUAAGUGGUACACGCCUGACGCCUGCCUGCAGCUCAAGGAGCACUUCCACGGGCAGGUCCAUGCCGCCUGCCAGCAAGGGAGCACGGGGACCGUCGGAGCUAGCGGCCACUUGGGAACAGAGCGGACACAGCCUCUGCCCUGGCAGACAUGGCGCACCAAGUCACCAGAGGUGCCCUCCUGCUGUCUGCAGGCACAGGAAGUGCCUGGUCAGAUGUUACCUGUUGAGCUUUGGCAUGAGCUGCAGAGUUAUCACCCCCAGCCCCAGGAAUGCCGCUACAUGGAAUGCAAGACACUCCCUGAGCUCAGCCUCUCCAAGGUGGUGGUAGUUGGUGACCUCUACGUGGGCAAGACCAGCCUCAUCCACAGGUUUUGCAAAAACAUUUUUGACUGCAACUACAAGGCCACCAUCGGAGUGGACUUUGAAAUCGAGCGCUUUGAGAUUGCUGGAAUCCCCUACAGCCUCCAGAUCUGGGACACAGCAGGGCAAGAGAAGUUCAAGUGUAUCGCAUCUGCCUACUACCGGGGCGCCCAGGUGAUCAUCACGGCCUUUGACCUCACUGACGUGCAGACUCUGGACCAUACCAGGCAAUGGCUGGAGGAUGCACUGAGAGAGAACGAGCCAGGUUCCUGCUUUGUAUUCCUUGUGGGAACCAAGAAGGACCUUCUGUCAAGGGCGGCGUGUGAGCAGGCAGAAGUGGAGGCUGUGCACCUGGCCAAGGAGAUGCAGGCUGAGUACUGGUCGGUGUCGGCUAAGACAGGGGAGAACGUGAAGGCCUUCUUCAGCCGAGUGGCUGCCCUGGCAUUCGAGCAGUCGGUGCUGCAACACCUGGAGAGGAGGAGCAGCUCCCGGCUCCGGGUCGGCGAUGGAGAGCUCAUCCAUAUGGAGGGAAGUCCGUCCAAGACCCCAGAGAGCAAGAGGCCCUCUGGCCUGGGUUGCUGUUAGCUGGGGACUGUGGCAGAGGCCUCCACCCCCACACAUGCACGGGCAGUGCCUUCUGCACUGUGGAGGAGGGACAUGGAGCCUGAGCUCUGCAACACGCCUGUCGGCCCACCGCUGCAGCGUUCAGCCGCUUCUCUGGAGCAGGUCGGGAGCCAGGGAAGGCCCUCACCGCCCGCCCAGGGCCCCCACACUGCCCAGCAUGUGGGGACCCAGUGGUGACAUCUGGAAAGCCAGUCUCAUCUCUAGUCACCAGUCCACCUGGCCUUGAGAGGCCUCGGACUUCGGACAGAGGACACUUGUGUCCUGUGGCCCACAUCCUUUGCCCGCAGCGCGUCAGCACUCCGCCCAGCUGCUCUUCCUCAGCUUUCCUGUGUUGACCUCCAAACCCCUCUGAUCUCAGGUCCAGGUAUGCGGGACUCUUCAGAGUUGGCACUCACCUGCCCUCCCUGCCUGGGACUUGGAUGUUUGCAACAGGACCCGCAGUUCUGGUCGCCCUGUCUGCUGGCCCUCUGCCACAGUCUUGCAGGGUCCCCGGGUAGCCUUGCCUCUCUGGAGGAGGGCAGAUGAGAAGGCCUCUGUGGCCCCUUCUGGUCAAGGGUCCAUCUCUGCUCCUCCUCGAUCCUCAGGGUACUGCCCUCUGGUCAGUGGGCAAGGACCAGCAGAACAGGCGACUCAUAUUCCUCUGGCCCAUCUGGACUGAAUUUCUCCAGCCAAGCCGCAGGAAAACAACUGCCUGGCUGCCCCUGGGGUAACUCACUGUGACACCCCCUGAGCAUGGCACUGCCCUGAUCUGCCUCUGGCAGCAGCCCCCCAAACUCUGCUGGGCUAGUGCCCACUGUUGCCCUCACCACCCCUCUCUCCCACUGGCCUGGAACAAGGAAGUGCUGGGCUUGCCCCUCGGGACCUUUGUGAUGGCGUCCCCGUGCCCUUGGAGGACACCAGAGGCCCUGCCGAGUCCAGCGCGCUCCUGUCUCCACCAGCCUCCCGCACGCCCAGACCGGCUGCAGCAGCAGGGGCCCCGUCCAGCUCCUGCCAUGGCACCCCAUCCUCUGCAUGCCCUCCCGUUGCCCCUCCAUGGGGGCUGAUAACUGCCCCUCACCCCCCUCAUACUCCCACAGCCCUAGGUGUGUGCCCACUCAUCCCUGCCCACCUUGUGCGUGGGCAGGCUGGCACAUCCAGACGCACCCCACCUGCUUCUCAUAGAUGGCCGGCGUUCUGCGGGCAGCCAUUCCGGUGGGUAAAAGCACCCGGGACAGCACCCAGCACACCACAGGCGCUCGCCGCCACUGCCAGACAUCAGGGGGAGGACACUGGCAUUUUUUCCUGUUUAUUCCCCCUUCACCACGUGCUUAGCACUCAUUUUUAUAGAUAUAAAAUA